AGAUAUGUUCGAUUUUUGUACAGGAUUCGAGCAGAUCAAAGGAGAUGUGCGUGCGAGUGUUUUCCGUUGGUGCUCGAGCAAAGACUGAAUGUAUCUUCUAGUCAUGGUGUAAUCGUCGAGGGAUUUUUCUUGGAUCUUGGAAUUUUGAGUAGUUCUUCGAAGCAGACAAUACAGUAUGGAAUUUCCGAAUCGGACGAACAUGGAUGUCCGAGUCAUGCAGCGAAGCUCUACGGUCAGCACAGUCAGCCCGUGGUCCUCGGGCAGUGCGAAAAUUGGGGGCUGGUUCUCAGCUCUUAGCGAUCGCAGGCGCAAUAAAAAGUCGAUGAAGGCAUCGAAAAGCCUUACACUUGGUGUUGUGAUGGAGCAGCAACCAUACAACAACAUGGGAUCCGACGGAGAGUCUGAGGAUGUGUCGGGAACGUCGGACGAGAUGGUCUCUCCAUUGCCCAUGAACAAUGUCAAGCUAAGACAGAAAAACCGGUCCUACAGCAAGGUUGACAUCAACAAGAGGCUGUCAUUGCCCGCGGACCUGCGGUUACCUGAUUCUUUCAUCAGCAUGGAAAACCUGAGUCCGGUGUUGGAUGGACCGCUGACGAGAGCGACACGACGUCAAUCGCUGUCGGAAAUCGGGUUCGGCCGCAUGGAAACCUAUACAAAGCUCGACAAGCUCGGGGAG